ACUGCAGCCGCACCUGGUCCCUGCACGAAUUCAUGAUCUGCAUCAACACCGCCGGGGGCAAGUCCACCUGCGGAGGCGACUCCGGUGGUCCCCUGGUCACACACGAGGGCAACCGCCUAGUCGGAGUGACCUCCUUCGUCUCCUCCACCGGCUGCCAGUCCGGAGCUCCCGCCGUCUUCACCCGCGUCACCGGGUACCUGGACUGGAUUCGCGACAACACCGGCAUCUCCUACUAG